UACGCUGUCAUCAUACGCGUCUGUGCGAGGCCGCCGAAAUUUCCUGUCUGUCGCUCCUGGUUGCGAACAGACGGGCGCCGGACUUUGGCCCAGUCAUUGACUUUGUGCUGUUAGCUGGCGCGAAGACGUUCACUGAGUCGAGCGGUGCUGAAUUCAGAGUUUCUGGUGAUUGGAAUUAUUACGCGAGUCGUACCGGCAAUGGAGCACUAAGCAGGAGUGGGAAUGGCUUGACAUUCCUUUCAUUGUCAGCUGUACCCUGCGAAUUUUUCAUAGCUUAUUCUAUGGCGACAGUAUUCAAGGAGCAUUGCUCAUAUCAAGCUUGUGGUUUUUGUUUUGCAAGCAGCCUGACUUUUCCUGUAAUUUUAACAAGGCACACAUAAUCCAAGCAUUUCAUUGGUGGCUUACUUCUGAAGCCAGCUCUUCCCAUCCACGAUGAACGCGUCUCUGAUGGCUUCGCUCAGCGUGGUGCUGACGUCAGCCGUCAUUGGGAACGCCUUCUACCAGAAGAAGCAGUUCUACCCGUCUGUUGUCUAUCUCACCAAAUCAAACGCCAGUCUUGCGGUUAUCUAUGUCCAAGCUUUUGUACUGGUUAUACUGUUCGGCAAGCUGGUCAGGAAGAUAUUCUUCGGUCAGCUCCGGGCCGCCGAAUUCGAGCACUUGAUGGAGCGGUCCUGGUACGCCGUCACCGAGACCUGCCUGGCCUUCACCAUGUUCAGGGACGACCUCAGCCCCAAGUUCGUGGCGCUCUUCACCCUGCUGCUCUUCCUCAAGUCGUUCCACUGGCUGGCCGAGGACCGGGUGGACUACAUGGAGAGAAGUCCUGUGAUUACCUGGCUAUUCCAUAUCAGGAUCGUUUCGCUGCUGCUGCUGCUGUCGCUGCUGGACAUCGGCUUCAUCGCGUUCGCGUACCACUCGACGGUGAAGCGCGGCGCCUCGGUGCAGCUGGUGUUCGGCUUCGAGUACGCCAUCCUGCUGACGGUGGUGGCGUACGUGCUGGUCAAGUACCUGCUGCACGCCGUCGAUCUGCAGCGCGAGGCGCCCUGGGAGAACAAGGCCGUCCACCUGCUGCAUACGGAACUGCUCAUCGGGUUCGUGAAGGUGGUGCUGUACAUGGUGUUCACGCUGAUCAUGGUGAAGAUCCACACGCUGCCGCUGUUCGCCAUCCGGCCCAUGUACCUGGCGCUCAGGUCAUUCAAGAAGGCGCUCAGUGACGUCAUAUUGUCAAGACGCGCCAUUCACAAUAUGAACACGCUGUACCCGAACGUCACCGAAGAGGAGCUGAGCAACACGGACAGCGUGUGCAUCAUCUGCCGCGAGGAGAUGACCGCAGCGGCCGGUGCCAAGAAGCUGCCCUGCAACCACGUGUUCCACGCGCUCUGCCUGCGCUCGUGGUUCCAGCGGCAGCAGACGUGCCCCACGUGUCGGAUGGACAUCCUGCGCGCGCCCGGCCCGUCGGCGUGGAGCGUGUGCCGCGUGCUGCUGCGUUGGGAGUCCGCUCCUCUUCCGGGAGCCGGCACCGGCAGGCGAGGUGCCGCCGGCGCACCGACCGCUCCGCUGCCUCCGCAUCUUCCCACAUUCCCGUUCAACCAGUUUAUGAUGAUGCCGCCGAUGCCGCCGCCGCCGACCGACCUCUCCGGCCUGACGGAGGCAGAGCUGCGCCAGCUCGAGCUGCAGGAGCGCGCCGCCGUCGAGGCGCGCAUCCGCUGCCUGCGAGACAUCCGCACGCUGCUGGACGCGCUCUGGGCCAGCGACUGCCUCUGCCGCCGCCGGCCGCUGCUGCUGCUGCUACCGGAGCCGCCACGACUGGAGGAGCCGCCGCGGCCGCCACCACCUUCGGACCGGCCAGGUCCGUGCGUGGUCGCCGAACAGCAGCACGUGCGGCUUCUGUAA